UCUUCUGACUGUUGCUUUAGUGCUUCAUUCAGUAAGCUCCACUUUUGCUUUCUAACUUGCGACGUUAAACAGAUUAGGGAGGAUUCACUUAUUAAUAGACUUAGAGCAGAGUGUGCGGGUUAUUUUUGGGGUUGUGAGCAAUAACACAACUGUGGAAAUGGCACAGCGGAGGACCUAGUUGAACAAGGCUGUGCGUGUAGUAGAGCAGGCGUGCCAGAGUCACCCAGUCAAUCAGAGGCUUACUGGGUCAGCUCAUCACUGUCCUCACUCCCUGCAAAGGCUCAGUCUUGUCGUUUAAGUUGGACUCCAAACACUAGUGCAGCAUGUCUCUCAGACUCCUGCCAGCAAUCAUCAUGGACAACGAUGACGACGAUGAUGGAAACUUCACCAAGUGGAUGAGUAGUUACUGGGGUCAUGGUGCAGAGGCCGGACAUUCUCGGGAAAGGAAACGCAGCUUCAGAAAACCUGCCAAGACACGGGUGGAUCGAAGAGCUUCACUCCCAACUGUGUCACAGUUGGACGCCAUGAAGUUGAACAGGCUACACGCAGACACAAUGGCUCCAACACCCAGCCACAUCAAGAGCAGAGAGGAGAAGGCAGAGGUCCGACCUCACCAGAGAGCCCGUCGGGCGUCUUCAGACGACAGCAGUCGACCCAAGACAGCCGCGUCAGAGAAACGCAUUACCACAAUUCCAGAGCUCUCCGAGUCACUUGAGAAGAGACUGUGGCUUCAUGAUAGGAAGAAUUUGUCCAUGAAUGAUGACAAGCUAUGCCUGAUCUGUCAUGAGGAAAUGUGUCAGAAUGGUGCCGCAGUUCAGGAGCUUCACUGUACACAUUGCUUUCACAAAGAGGCGGCUCACGGGUUAGGGAAGUGUCGGCCUCGCAGCGGAAGUGAAGCGGAAGCUUGUCAGGCCAGGAAGCUGGUUGGUGAGAGGAGGCUCUCUGCAGAUGGCCCGGUUACUACAGAGAAGAAGGAGUACACCUUCCAUCGCCAGCUUUCACUGAGGAGACACCGCUGAUAUCACUCUAUGACAGGAGGUGACUGGGUUUACUGGCAGGAUGCUGAGAGGUUCAUGCUUCUGGAUGUUCUGGUUCACCACUACGGUGGGACGUUAAGACCAGACAUUCAGGCUGGACUAAUUUAAAUUUAGGUUUAUGUGCAAUGCCAUUUAUUCAUCUACAAUUUUGCCGUACUAUUAAUGUAAUUACUUUCGCGUUGUAUUCCCCAAGACAGGUCUGGUCUCAGGAUCACAUCUUGAAGGUCUUGGUCUUGUCUCAGAAUGCUUUUAUACUUGGUCAAGCUGGACUCAGGAUUUUUUUUGUCCAUAACAGUCAAGACCACAGCUCAUUUUUUAAAACCAAAGAUGAGUGAAUGUUAAAAUGGACCAGUGGAGUCUUUUCUUUUGAAAUGUUAAUAUUGUAUGUGAACGUGAAUGCUAGAUUGUUACAAAACAAUGGUUGAAAUGACUCUAAAUCUAAUAAAGACCUUGCAGAUGUGUGAUCCCCUCUGGCCGUACAUAUUGCCGGGGACUGUAAACUGUUCUGUAUGUUCAUUUCUCCGCCUCUGUGUUUCAGUGUAUGGAGCCGUGGGCGUGGAAGAAACAGACAUGUCCCACAUGUUGUAACAAAGUGUCCAUGCCAAUGCCCUUCUACUGGUCUUCGUCUCGAAUUAAAGUACCCUGAUGCACCCAUCUGCUUCACCAACCCAUAAUCCCUGUCUUCCUGCAUGGACAUCUAUGGACUACUGUGAGGGUGUUUACAACACCCGCUCGCUGUAUUAAAAAAAAAACAAAAAAAAAA